AUGGAUUCUGUCUUUGUGUCUGUUCUUCCAGGAGAGACUCAGCUGAUUGGUUCAUCUGACCGCAUUGUUGCUGUAGAGGGUGAUGAUGUCAUCCUGCCGUGUUCCCUGGAACCUUCCAUCAAUGCAGAGUUCCUGGUAGUUGCAUGGACCAGACCUGGCCUGAAACCUACUGCAUAUUUAUACAGUGAUGGCUGUAACAAAAAUGCAGACCAGAAUCCAUCUUACAAAUACAGGACCAUGCUGUUUGAAGAUGAACUGGUCAUGGGCAACGGCUCCCUGAAACUCUUCAGAGUGAAGCUGGAGGAUGAGGGGAGCUACACCUGUAAUAUUAAGGACGGGCAGGUCCAGAAGACUGUCAUCCAGCUCAGUGUUGUGGCGGUCUCUAAACCAGAUGUCUCCAUCCUGGAAGCCAAAGAUGGUAAGGUGGUUCUCCAGUGUGUGUCUGGAGGCUGGCCUGCUGAACCUGAGCUGGAGUGGAGGGACAGUGAGGGACGCCUCCUCCCUGCUGAUGUCACACAGACAGACAGACUCCCUGACCCCGGCCCUCACCAACGCUACACUGUGACAAGCAGAGUGACUGUACAGAAGACAGACACCAACAGAUUCACCUGCAGGGUUCAUCUGCAGAGACGCAACCAGCUCAGAGAGAAAGAGAUCCAUGUUCCUGGUGAGGUUCUGUGUUAUUAUUGGAUCCUCCACCCUCUAACCCUGGACAUAUUGUCUUGUCCUUCUUGGGUGGAGUAG